CAUCUACCAACCAUCAACCAUGAAGAUUCUUAGCUACCUCCUGGUUUACCGAAGGUUCCUGCUCAUUGUCCUCACUCCACUACUUUUACUUCCACUCCCACUUAUCAUCAAAACCAAAGAAGCAGAAUGUGCAUACACGUUGUUUGUGGUUGCCAUCUUUUGGCUUACAGAAGCUUUGCCACUGGCUGUUUCAGCUUUGCUCCCUGCCUUUAUGUUCCCAUUGUUUGGUAUAAUGGAAUCCAAGCAGGUGGCAUCUUCUUAUUUUAAAGACUUUCAUCUGCUGCUGAUUGGAGUAAUUUGCUUGGCAACGUCAAUAGAAAAAUGGAAUUUGCACAAAAGAGUGGCUUUAAGAAUGGUGAUGCUGGUGGGUGUCAAGCCUGCAUGGCUUAUGCUGGGUUUCAUGGUUAGCUGUGCUUUCUUGUCGAUGUGGCUCAGCAACACCUCUGCUGCUGCCAUGGUGAUGCCAAUUGUAGAGGCUGUAGCUCAGCAGAUCAUCAGAGCCGAAGCAGAAGCUGAUGCACUGGAGAUGUCUUGCUCUAAUGGCUCCAUCAACCCAGCACUGGAGCUGGACGAACACAUAGGAGAAUAUGAAAACACUGAGUGGAAAGAAAAGCAAAUUAAUGGAUAUAACAACAGUGUGGCUAGUACUGUAUGCACAGUUGAAAAUGAAAACGAAAAAGGAAAUGAACAGCAGAACCUACCACCUGCUGAAGCAGAGAGAAAAGGCAGAAAGGACAAAUACAGUGGGAUUCUCAAAGUGAUGUGCUUAUGUAUUGCUUAUUCUGCUACCAUUGGAGGGCUGACCACAAUCGCAGGAACAUCGACUAAUCUGAUUUUUACUGAGCACUUCAAUUCACGUUACCCAGGUUGCCAGUGCAUCAAUUUUGGAUCCUGGUUUAUCCUUUCCUUCCCCAUUGGAGUUAUUAUUCUGCUGCUGUCCUGGGUCUGGCUCCAGUGGCUUUUCCUUGGGUUUGAUUUUAAAAACAUGUUCAAGUGCAGCAAGAAGAAAACAGCUAGAGAAGAGGCCUCAUCACGGGUGAUUCAGGAGGAGUAUAAGAAACUUGGACCAAUGAGCUACCCAGAAACUGUUACACUUGUCCUAUUCAUUCUAAUGACCAUUCUGUGGUUCACCAGAGAUCCUGGCUUCAUCCCAGGGUGGUCUUCACUUUUCCCUGAGUAUAAAAGCUAUAUUAUGGAUUCAACAGCUGCCUUAGCGAUAGGCGUCCUGUUCUUUAUUAUUCCAGCAAAAACAUGGUCUGGGACUUCAAAUGGCGAAAACACUGUUUUUGGUUACACUCCACUCAUUACUUGGAAGGAAUUUCAGUCAUGCAUGCCCUGGGAAAUAGCUAUUCUCGUUGGAGGCGGGUUUGCACUGGCAGACGGCUGUGAGGUUUCAAAACUUUCUGAGUGGGUAGCAAGUAAAUUGACCCCUAUAGGAUCAUUACCAUUGUGGUUGGUUAUCCUGAUAUCCUGUCUUAUUGUCACUUCAGUAACGGAAGUAGCCAGCAAUGCAGCUACCAUUACAAUAUUUUUGCCCAUACUAUCUCCUUUGGCUGAAGCCAUUCAUGUGAAUCCACUUUUCAUUUUGAUACCCGCUACCUUGUGUACUUCCUUUGCAUUCCUGCUUCCUGUAUCAAACCCAUCCAAUGCCAUCGUAUUUUCAUAUGGUCAUUUAACUGUUAUGGACAUGGUGAAAGCUGGUUUGGGCAUUAACAUCAUUGGAGUUGCUGUAGUUAUGCUUGCAAUUAUGACAUGGAUAGUGCCUAUAUUUGAUCUCUAUACUUACCCAAGCUGGUUACCAAACAUUCCAUCUACAAAUGACACUGGGCUGUAAAAAAAAAAAAAAAAAGUCUUGUUUCUUUUCUCACAUGUGGUGAGUCACUUAAAAUGCUUUUUGUCACCACAACGAUAAGGACUUACAUUACUAUAAAUGCCAUAUUUCACAGUCCCAGAGACUGAUGAUCCAGUCUGAGAGUCUAAUCAGGAAGAGUGCUAGACUUUCUAAAUAUCACACUUAGAUCAGGUUUCUAAUCUAGUUCAGCUAGUCUGAAUUUUAAUAUCUUCAUGUUGUGAAGGAAAAAAAAUAAAUGUGCAUAGCCAUUAUCACUGGCAGUUUGCCCCCAUUCUCAGGGUAGCAGAAUAAUGAAAUGUACAUUUUAUUAUUUCAAUUAUGUGUUCUUGCUAUUUUUUAUUUGGGGGUUGUCAGAGAACAUAUUAGUUUUCUGUUUUCUGGAUUCAAACUCUGUUUGAAAGAGUGUUGAUCAUAAACAAAAGAUCAGGCAGGGGACUCUCUUGAACACAUAGUUUACAGACCUGUCAGAAAUGCACAGAAAAAUGGAGAAUAGCAGCAUGACCACUUAAACAGCACUUUAUCUAUUAAACACCUUGUAACCUGGAAGGAGAAUACAUACUUAAGCAUAUGUUUAGUCUAACUGCUCCCAAGACCCCACUGAAACAUAUCGUUACUGCUGUGAAAACAAGAGUAAAAAAAAUUAAUAUUUCUCUGGAUCGACAUGUAUUGAUAGAUCUGAGUUGAUCUAUAUAAAUGGAGACUAAAUGAUCAUCAUAUCUCUCUGCCAAAAGUAGAGAUAAAUCCCCUUGAUGAAUGAAACCAUGAGACAGAGUGCCGAAGAUCUGACACUCAAACUGUCAAUGAAGUGCAUCUUCACCUGCAGGCUCAUGAUCUCUAUAGAACAGGUGGCAGUUUAAGGUUACCAAAUGGUGUUAAUGUUGUAAUGUUCUAAACACAAAACAGUGCAAUGUAGUCAGAAUGGAAGCUGGAGUUCAAAGAUAUCUUCAAAUAAUGAUGUUCUAUUUGGUUGUUACAUGUUUUUCACCAAAAGGACUAUCACCUGUUGGGAAGACCGGUGAUAAUUUGUAAAGAGCAUGUAGCUAGUAGUCUGAAUGAAAGCUGCAUGUAUUUAGCUUGGAUCAUGCCUUGGGACACCUGCAUGAUAGUUGUAAACCUUAAUCUGUCUUUUAUAGAUAGUGUAAAUUAUCCAUUUUUCCUAAAAACAACCAAAAAAUGCUCGUUUUUUGAUUACAUAGUUUACAUUUAUUUUUGAUAGUGCACAUUUAGAGAUGUCAGUCAUGACUUCUAUAAUGCCAGAAUACAGCGUAUUGUUGUAUAUGUAGUAUGCUUCCUUUAGCUACUAGUUGCAGAUUCAGCUGCAGUGAAUUAUUAAAGAAGCACUUUUUCUUAAUGAUGAUGGUUUUGUGUAAGUAGUUGCUGUCUGUGCAUGCCACCACUCUUUUAAGCCUGACUGAGGCUGCUAUCUCUUUAGGAUGGCAACCCCACUUUUUUUAAUGCAGUGGCAAAAUAAGGCUAUGGCCAUCACUAGCCCUAUCAAGAGCUGCCACAAUACAAAUAAUGAUAACUGAUCCCCUGCAGCAAUGAUUAUGAUUACAGAUAUGCAACAUUUGGCUAAAUGAAGUCAGGUACCAGUGGGAAAUGCUUAUGCAAGUAACUAAUCCAAGAUACAAACCUUGGAUUAUACUAUGUGGUGUUCUCCCAGAAGAAUGUGCAGUGCAGGAGCUCCUGGCUUGUCCAGGCCUGCAGGCACAGAGAGCACAAAGAGCUAAGAGAAUGCUCUUACUUUAAGGUUCCCAGGUAUGACCUUCUAAUUCUGUCAGUAAUUUCCAGAUUAUUCAAGAGCAGCAGAAACAGUGAAUCACAGAGUAUUUCAAGUGGAGACUCUCUCAUCCAAUCUCUUGCUCAAAGAAGGUUAACACUGAAUUCAGACCAGGUUGUUUAGGGAUUUUUCUAGUCACGUCUCGAAACUCUCCAAGAUGUAAACUGCACAACUUCCCUGGCUAAUGUUCUCCAGCGCUUUACUGUCCUGGUUGUGAAAUAUUUUGUCUUUAAACAAACAUAUUCAUUUUAGGCUAAUAGAUUCAUUAUUGUCCCUUUUAUUUGGGAUGGAUUCUUUUCUGUUUGUAAAACUGUCUUUCUCUUUUUUAAUGAAACAUGAAAAAGAGAAGACAGUCCUCUUUGUGGCCUUAUGUUUACCAGUCCCAAUGGAUGUGAUAUUUUCAGUCUCCACAGGUCUGCUCUGCAGUAUUAUAUUCAUGUGGCAAUUGUUUUUCAGCCAAAGGAAAUUUAACUGUUCCUGAACUGUUCCCGAGUUUUAUUAAUGUUCCCAAUACAGAAUUGGCUGUUAUAACCAUAGCCUUGAAUAUGGCAAGGUCUACAGAGGUCCAUGAGUGCACUACUCCAUGAAAUCAGGCUUUGACACUGGUAUUCCUUCUUCAAGUUACACAUCUUCAUGGAAGAAAAUAAACAUUUUGCACUGUUUAAGAGAACUCUUCAGAAGUUGUCAACUGUACUAAGUGAUAGUUUUCAGUACGAGCUGAAGCUCAGUUUGUGCCAGAUGAUUUUCAGCUGUUCAUUUUAUUUACUUUUUGGUUUAUUCAUAGAAUCAUAAAUAAUAUGACAAAAAAGCCCGUCAUGUCUGAACCCUCACAUAAUUCAGACCAUAGAAUUUCCCUAAAUUACUUUUUUUCAGGACAGAAAGCAUGGUUAAGUAUGAAGAGAGUCAAUUUUUUUAAUGAAGGAUGCACUUUUAAAAACUGUUUUCACUACCAUUGGUGUAUGCAGUGAAAAAUAUGCAAAGAGAGAAGGGAGAGAUUUGUAAAGAAAGUCAGUCAUCUGUUGGGCCAUGUGUUUAUAAUUUGUCUAAAUGAAAUGCAGAAUUAUAUAUAAACUGACUUUCAGUGACCAGUAUUUCAUUUUGUCAUAAUGUACCAAAUUAGUGACAAAAAUUAAAUGAUCAAGCAUGAGGUCUUUGGAGAUUGCAUCCUGUAAGUAAGCCAGUUGUGAAUAAACAAGUUUGUAGUAGUGGGAGUGUAGGGUCUCACCAGGAUUUUUAACUUGUUUAGCCAGAAGUUAAAGGAAUGGGUCAGAUACAAUCUUUGAAAUUAUUUGUUAUUAUUGCUAACUUAUUUUUAAAACUUUUGGGAACCUUUUAUGUAAAAAUUAACAAUGCUGCAAUGUAGGGAUUAAUAUUGCUAAAACUUUCUCACCCGAGAACAUUGAAAUGGAGGAAAAAGAGAAUUUCAGAGUGUGGCACUCUGGGUAUGCAACAGGUAGAUUUGGCUCUGAGGCACAGAGCACUAUGCUGACUGCUAGCAGAAAUACACUCUACAUAUCUUGCUAUUGUAUUCCUUGCUCUGACCAGAAUUUGUAUUAUGACAAAUGGUGGAAAUGCACCUACAAUUAUUUUAAGAGUUGAUUAAUAUAUAAUGACAUAAACUAUUUGUAAAUUGCUUUGUGCGUAAUUUCCAUAUAAAAUGGUGUGGUUUUUCUUUGUCUCAGAUGAGUCUAAUUAGUCUACUGUAUUAGUACAUAAGUAAUAUUUAUGACUUACUAUUUAUUUGUGGUCCAUUCCUGAUGAAUUAAAAGGAGCCUUUGCCAUGCACUUCAUUAGAGAGAUGUGCCAGGUCUUUGUUCUCCUUUCUAUGGUCAUGUUAUAUUUAAUAUAUUUUCACUUUGCUUUUGGAAGAUGUACAUUUAGCUUACCAGAAACCACAAACCAUGUGAACCCUGGAAAAAGCUUCUUGAAUUUCCUAUUGUUGCGAUCAGAUAGUCAGAUCAGUCCUGCAGUGUAAAUCCCCCUAUGAACAUUUAAAAUGAAAUGACUGUGUUUGUUUA